AUUCUGAUAUUCCAAUUUCUCCUAUUGAUCAAGUUAAACAGUCUGCCCAAACAGCUGAAACAAGUUCAUGUGCUACUGGAAUGGAUAAAAAGGUUCGAGGAAGUAACAAGUGCAAAGAAGUUGCAUUGCUUGAUAUUGGACAAAAGCUAAAAGUGACAUUUUACAAUAAUCGAACAGUUGGGAAGAAUAGUAAUCUAUUUUCGAGGCACUUGGGAAAAAUAGUUCGUGAUCGUAAUAUAUGUCCAUUGGGAGUAUCAUCAUGGAAACACAUUAAGGAGGAAAAGCUAAAUCACAUGUGGGCUGUUGUUAAGGAUAAAUUUGAUAGUGAUGACAUGAAUAGUCAUAGAGAUCAUGUUUUGGGAUGGAUGAAAGAGUUAUGGAAUAAAUGGAGAGGUCAAUUGCAUGAAAAGUAUGUGAAGGGUAAGCCUAUCCAAGAGGCUCUUAAGAAUAUGCCUAAGGGGGUAGAAAAGAAGCAAUGGGAAUGGUUGGUAAAAGAACAUUUUACUUCAAAAGAUUUUCAGGCUCAAAUUCAAGAAUUGGUGGAGUCUGAACCAUCACUUUCUAGCAUAGAAAUUGUUGAGAAAUGCUUUGGACCUCAAAGUCGUAGUCAUGUAUUUGGCUUUGGAGGUGGAGUAAAAGCAACAUAUUUGAAAGGUGGGACUUCCUCAAAAGCUGAAUUGUUGGCUGAGCUACGUUCAACUCAAAAGGAAAACCAGUCUUUGAAGGAUUGCGUGUCUAACUUUCAAAAUGAGAUGAAAGAACUGAAGCAAUUGAAAGAAUUUUUUUUAGUGCAACACCCUAAUUAUCAGCCUCCAAUUCAAGAGAAUGACUAUUCGAAUCCUUGA